GGACUACAGAAACAAGCAGCUAGACGUGGAAAUGAAAGCACGACGAAGUGUAGCUGGAAAACACCCACUAUCGGGGUUCCUCGAGGUUGUCAGGCCUUGUACCUUUUGUUCUCCCCUUGCCAUCUGAUGUUGCUUCCUGAACACACUUGUUAGCAGCCAUGGCCGAAAUAGCUACCGCGAUCCGUCAUGGACUUGGUCCCACAGCUAACGAGGUGGACCCUAUUAUCAUCGACUAUGUUGUUAACGUCUUGAAGGACGAGACGUUCGAUUUCGGUCCGCGAGGCGAUCUCGCGUACGACGCCGUCGGCCCGCUGCUCCUCAACGUCGGUUGCUUCCCCGACGUUUCCUCCGCGCGAGCCUUCUUCCAAACCCUAGCCGCCAGGUUCGGCGACGCCCAUGCCGCAGCGUCGGCGGAGAACGUGCGCAGCCUGCAGGCGCCGAUGCGCAUGGGGGAGGGCAUGGCGGAGCAGGUGCUGCUGGGGGAGGGGAAGACGGGGGUGAUCCAGGCGGUGGCGGCGGAGGGGGAGGACGAGCCCAUGUACUUCGUGACGGAGCGCGACCUGCGCAAGCUGGAGCGCAACAAGCGCAAGGAGGAGCGCCAGCGCAUGGAUGCGUACGAGGCGCACGUGCAGGAGAGCGAGGAGAUACUGGCGUCCAUGCCGCUGGUGACGGUCUCCCAUGGGGGCGACGGGACGGAGGGUGGCGCGCGGGACAUCCACCUCAACAACUUCACCGUCACCGUGGCGGGCAAGGACCUCAUCAGCGAUGCCUCCAUCACCUUGGCAUUUGGCAGGCGAUACGGCCUCAUUGGUCGCAACGGCACGGGCAAAACUACCCUCCUGAAGCACAUGGCAAUGCAUGCCAUUGACGGCAUUCCCAGGUCGUGCCAGGUGCUGCACGUGGAGCAGGAGGUGGUGGGCGACGCCACCACCGUGCUCGAAUGCGUGCUCAGCGCCGACCUCGAACGCACUGCACUAUUGCAAGAAGAGAAGCAGCUCUUAGCGAGGAAAUCAGGGCCGGAGGCGGGUGAGGAGGAGGGGAAGAAGAGGGAGGCGGGAGGGGCGGAGGCGGGGGCAGGGGAAGACGAGGCGGCGGCGAAGAGGCUGGCAGAGGUGUACAAGCGGCUGGAAGAUAUCGAUGCUUACUCGGCUGAGUCGAGGGCGGCUUCCAUUCUUGCCGGCCUGAGCUUCACGACGGACAUGCAGAGCCGGGCCACCAAGACGUUCUCUGGCGGAUGGAGGAUGCGAGUGUCGCUCGCCCGCGCCCUCUUCAUCCAGCCCGACCUGCUGCUGCUGGACGAGCCCACGAACCACUUGGAUUUGCACGCGGUGCUGUGGCUGGAGGACCAUCUACUGACGUGGCCCAAGACGCUGGUGGUGGUGUCCCACGCGCGGGAGUUCCUCAACACCGUUGUGACGGACAUUGUGCACCUGCACAACCAGAAGCUUACCACGUACAAGGGCAACUACGACACGUUUGAGAAGACGCGCAACGAGCGCAUCCGCAACCAGAACAAGGCCGCAGAGGCCAACGACGCCAAGCGCGCCCACAUCCAGGCGUUCAUUGACAAGUUCCGCUACAAUGCCAAGCGCGCGUCGCUCGUGCAGUCACGAAUCAAGGCUCUGGAGAGAAUCGGCACCGUGGAUUCAGUGGUUGCUGACCCCGAGUACCGCUUUGAGUUCCCCACGCCGGAGGACCGGCCGCAGGCACCCAUCAUCAGCUUCACGGAUGUGUCCUUCGGCUACCCCGGCGGGCCUCUUCUCUUCAAGAACCUCAACUUUGGCAUCGACCUCGAUAGCAGACUCGCCAUCGUUGGGCCCAACGGCAUUGGCAAAACGACCUUGCUCAAGCUGAUAUCGGGGGAGUUAAAGCCCACCUCAGGCACUGCCUUCCGCUCCCCCAAGGUGCGCAUGGCAGUGUUCGCCCAGCACCACGUGGACGGCCUUGAGCUCUCCAAGUCACCCCUGCUCUACAUGGCGCACUCCUUCCCGGGAGUACCGGAGCAGAAGCUGAGGUCGCAUCUCGGUUCCUUUGGCCUUGGAGGCAACCUGGCGCUACAGCCCAUGUAUACUCUGUCAGGAGGGCAGAAGAGCCGAGUGUCCUUCGCUAAGAUCACAUUCCACAAGCCGCACAUCCUGCUGCUCGACGAGCCCUCCAACCAUCUGGACAUCGACGCGGUGGAGGCGCUCAUUCAGGGGCUCGCUCUCUUCCAGGGCGGCGUUCUCAUGGUGAGUCACGACGAGCAUCUGAUCAGCGGCAGUGUGGACCAGCUGUGGGCGGUGGACAAGGGCGUUGCCAAGCCCUUCUCCGGCACCUUCAAGGAGUACAAGCGCUCCAUCAAGCACUGAGCGCUCCAUCAAGCACUGAGCGCUCCAUCAAGCACUGAUCAGAUCACUCGGUGCAAGUGCGGUUUCAAAGCACUGGCCACAUGGGUGCAAAAAGCGUGAUACACCCAGGGUGUGCUGCUGUAUGUUGGUUGCGCAUGCUGCGUAAUGCUGGAUUGUUGUGGCCUAUUGUUUGACUAACCUGGAUCGGUGGUGUAACUGGAAGCCUCGCUAAAAUGAGAAAUGCUUCAGAUUCCCAGCGAAUCAAUCUCUCUAGAAGUA